UGUUUUAGUCCCCUAUCCGCGUAGCCGUUUCGGACCGAUUUUACAAUUAUCUACAACAUUGCAGGUGUCUGGGGCGCAUUCUAUCUGUGGUGACGGCCUGUACCAAACCACACACAGGUUAUGCCAAGUAGACGUUCCCUAUAGUUCUGAAGUUGACACGAAUAAAUGCCUAUCUAUCUCAUCUGCCUGUGACAAAGUACACUUAACAGGGACCCAAUAAUGUAUGAAAUGCAAGGGACGUCCAUUUAGUCCACCAUAGUAUUGUAUCAACAAUUCAAUGUCUUUGUUAUCGACUGGCUUAAGUGUGGUUACACAAAUUAGGAUGCAAUAAUUCUGUAGGUUGUAUGUUGAACUUCCGGUAAAAAGGAUAAUCGAUUGCAAAGCAUUAAAGUUUAAUGUAGAAAAUGAAAUGGUUUGUUCUAUUCUUAAUUUGAAAAGCUUGGUGAGCACCCGCAUUCACUGGAGGACGCCGAGUAACAUUAUGUAAAUACAUGCUAUAGCGUCCUCCUCAAAGUUCGUGAUCAUGUGACUCUUUUCAACAAGUUAAUAUCAAUCUAUAUAACUCUGUACAUGCUGCUGAUGUACAUUAAUAACAGAGGAGAAAGCUAUACUCCGCCACGGCACCACGCUAUCCAAGAUGGCUGACAGAUUGGUUAGCGCUGUGUUAUUUAUAUCAUGCUAUGUGGUUGCCGGACAAUUUAAUCACAACCAUCAUGAGGAUUCUCAGAAUCACAAACUAGCUUAUCAGCAAUACGCAGCUGCUUCAACACAGGAAUUGCCAACAACUUCAUGCACGAUAAUAGGAAAAACAGAUAGCGACACGCAGUGUUUCUUGCGUUGCACAAUGCUGUCAAACAUCCGGUUCCUGUUUAGUCGUGAUUCCGGUACUGGAAACUGCGCCUGCUGUUACUUCCCUUUAUCGGGAUCUGUUCUUAAUGGUUCAGAAUGGAAAUCUUUCUUCGAACUCUCAUGUCCUUCACAUUACAAAGAGUACAAACGUGAUGACGUCACAAUAUGUCUUGGGUACAGCGACAGUUCCAUGGUUUAUCACGCUGCCACGACUUCCUGUCACAGAGAGGGUGGAGAUCUCGUAAAAGUAGAUUCUCCAGACAAGUUCAACAUCUUAAAAGAUCUUUUGAACACCACGGCUAACUUGACGACAGCCGAGGUGUGGAUCCAAGGAGAGGAAGUAAACGAGGUGUGGCAAUUUCAUGACGGCACCCCAUUUGCUGAUCACUUUUGUCCUUUCUUCGAAUCAAACAGAACAAACGAAAGCCGCAUCAGACUCAUUCCCCGUUUCGACUUUUCUUGCUAUGAUAUAGGGGUUAAUUGGCUCUGUGGUUUUGUUUGUGAAAUCAGCUUCAGAAUUCCUUUUUAGUGACAUAAAUUCAAGACAUGUCAUCAGAAUAAGAUGACCAUGUU